AUGCAAGCAGUCGUCUUCAAGGGCCCGCUUAAGGUCGCUCUGGAGGAGCGUCCCAUCCCAGCAAUCCAGGAUCCGACCGAUGUCAUCGUGAAGGUCCGGUACACGGCAUUAUGCGGGAGUGAGCUCCACGUCUUCCGCGGCCAUCAACCCUCCGGCACUGAAUUCAUCAUGGGCCACGAAUUCACCGGUGAGAUCGCCUCGGUCGGGUCCGCAGUCUCCAAGUUCAAGCAAGGCGACAAGAUCGUCUCUCCGUUUACAGUCUCCUGCGGGGACUGCUUCUACUGUCGACACAACACCUCGUCCCGAUGCGCCAAGUGCCAGCUAUACGGGACGGUGAUCCUCGACGGCGCCCAGGCAGAUUACGUGCGUGUCCCGCUGGCGGAUAGCACGCUUGUCGUUGCGCCGGAGAACAUCGACGAGAAGAAGCUCGUUCUUAUGGCGGAUAUCCUGCCGACGGGGUUCUUUGCGGCGAAGAAUGCGUUUAGUGGGCUUGACGAGACUACGAUUAAGGAAAGUACGGUCAUUCUGUUCGGAUGCGGGCCGGUCGGCAUCUUUGCGCUUAUCGCUGCGCUGGAGCAUAAACCGAAGCACCUUAUUGCGAUUGACAGUGUCCCCUCGCGACUUGAGCUCGCGAAGAGUCUGGGAGCUGAGCCCUGGAAUUUCGCGACCGAUGCGGACGGCCUGAAGAGCCGCAUCAAGGAACUCACAGACGGACGCGGUGCAGAUGUCGCCAUUGAAGUCGUCGGGCAUAGUGAUGCUCUCAGGAUGGCGUUCGAUAUGCUGCGUCCCUGGGGUAAGAUCUCUAGCGUCGGCGUGCAUAAUGGUGAGAUUCCGUGGACCGGAAACGAGGCGUAUGGCAAGAAUCUGCAGAUUCAGAUGGGCAGGUGUCCUGUCAGAAGUAUCUUUGAGGAUGCAUUGAAGCUGUUGGAGAAGAAGCAGGAUGCGCUCGACUUCAUGACGAGCGAUAUCCGCCCUCUUUCGCAGGCUUUGCAGGCGUAUGAUGACUUCAACCAGAUGAAGUCGCAGAAGAUUAUUUUUGAGGCUGGGAAAUAG